AUGAACACAAAAAAGAGCAAGGUGAUGAGGGUAACAAAAAGUCUAGACAGUGAUAGAUUGAAUAUAAGAUUGGAUGGAGGGAGUAUGGAAGACAUGAAUGUGCUUAGGAAUAUGGGAGCAGACAUGUCAUCAGACGAGUCGUCGAAAAAUAAGGUGAACCAUGGUCGUCGAAAAAUAAGAGACAUUUGGUUUCUGUCAUCACUUUCCCAGGUUAUUAUUCAUCACUUUUGUUCACAGGUUGCAGCCAAGCAUAAAGUGGAAAAGCAGAAAGCCGAUGCAUUGAAACUGCGAUCCGAGGUUGAGCAACGCAAGAGACACUUGUUAGAGAAGCAAAUGCAACAACUCAAGGUGCUUGUAAACAAAUUAGAGGCAAACAAAGCUAACAUGAAACCGGAAGAGAAGAAAGUUGUAUUGGAAACUAUCAAGUCCCUUCAGGCAGCCAUUGAAUCCACAAGGUCACAAGUGGUUGGUGGAGAUGUACCCAAGAGUAAAGUCCAAGUGGACAGGGAAAUCCUUGACACUGAAUUAGAGCUGUAUUCUGUUCAAGCAGAAGGAGGAGACAUUACCAAGCUGCGGAUCCAGCUGAACCAGCUGAGAGCACAACAGCAAGCUUCAGGAUACCUCCCAUCACGAUCUGUUAGGCACUCGCCUUAUGGAUUGCCAAGGGGUGGUCACUAUGGUCGUGGACGUGGAGCUGGUAACUUAGGACGUGGUGGGUCCCGAGGUCGCGGCAGAGGUUCUCGAGGAUAUGGUCACUCUUUUGCAUCUGUGGACCGACGAACCACCAAGAUAAAUGCUUCAGGAUUUGAGCGAGAAGACAAAGAAGAAGUUUUAGCCCAUUUUAGUCUUUUAGGCAAGAUAACCAAUUAUGUGUGGGAUGGGCAAACUCCUGCAGUCACCAUUCAGUACUCAACACGACGAGAGGCAGAGAAGGCCAUGAGUGAGGGGCGGACUCUAGGAGAUCGUCUUCUCACCCUCACCUGGGUCUUUGAUGUGGCUCUUCCACUCUCCUCACAGUCAACAGCAACAAGCAUGGCUGGAACUCAUCAUGUAUCAACACAUUCUUAUACUAGUGUUGUGCCUCACACCACGACUCCAUUGCUCUCCCCGGAUGAAACUCUAGAGGAGAUUACUGAAGAAAUUGUGGAAGAAGUUGAGACAGAAGAUGGAGUGCAACCAGUUUUAUUUGAAGAGGAAGAAGAGGAAGUAGAAGAAGAUGAGGAAGAAGUAAGAUCCUGGAGGAGGUAGACAUGACAUUUGAGGUGAAAAAAUAAAAACGUGGAUUUCAGUUUAAAUGUGUGAAGCAAGACAGUGAUAAGCAGGAAUUGGGCUAUGCAAGAGAAGGAUAUAUAAAGCAAGCAAAAAUGCCAAGUAGUAUGGAUAUUGAAUUUUAUGAAGAAUUUUGUCAUAAUUAUAAUAUAAAAAAUCUAAAUAUUUAAUUUGUUUUUAAUAUAUACUGAUGAACGCGAGGAAUCUGAUUCAAAUGAGCUUAUUUUACAUCCAUUACCCAUCAUCACUCAUCACAAUCUUGACAUGCCUGAUGGUUCUUCUUAGUACUGAUUCAUGAGUACACAUGUAUAAUGAAGCUGUUCACCCUUCUAAUAACAUGACUUGGCUGUGCAAUUUCCAACAUUGCCAAAUGUAUCAAUGUUUUUUGUAUAAAUUGAGACAUGAAUCACAACUUUUAAUGGUACCUCUUACUAAAGCUUAAAAUUUAAGCUGCAUUUCUUGGCAUGUAAAAUAGGUAUCAAGUUUUUGAAAAAAAAAAAAAAAAAAAGAUAAGAGAUCUGUAAUCUGUGAAAAGAUCACAGAGUUUGGGCAGAGUUAGUACCAGACUUAUUGUUCUAAGUAUUUCAACAAUCAUUUAGGCAUGGGUAAAAUGUGUUAUUGCACACUAUAAAUAGGCUAAAUUACAUUUUCUCUGAAGUGGCAUCUAGGUAUCAACUACAGUCGUUAUAUAACUGUACAUGGAACUAUAAUUUGUUAAAAUGAUAAAUAAGAGUGCAGGACAUCAUAGGCAAAAGUCAAUGUAAAAAUCUUCCUUGAUAAACAUCAUUGAUAUGGAGAGUUGUGUGUGGUAACUUGAAAUUUAUGAUGAAUAUGAUAAUGUAGAAGCCUGAGUUUAGGCUUCCCUGUAGACCACCUGGUCCACUAGGAUGUUGGUCCUAGCUGUCUUCAGGCCUACAUUAUUAUUAUUACAAUCAUAACUAAGUGCUAAACCCACUAGGGUCAUACAGCACUGCCUCAGGCCCACAGUCAUGAUAACCCAGCUGAUCAAGUACUUCUGGAAACUAUUGUCAGUUGUCCUCUUCAACUCUUCUGCCAUUAUUCUGGCUCAACACUUGUAGCAGCAUAUUUUUUGCAGUUGCAUCUAGCCAAAUGAAAACUUCAUCAGAGAAAAGGUAACUUUAUUUGUUACUCUAAAUAUUCCUUAUUGAUAUAGUUAUAGGCUAGCACCUUCAUGCAAGAGAAGAUAGCAACACUAGGUUCAAUUACUAACAGUCUUAGUGAGCCAGAUGAUAAUGUUAAUACUGUCAGAUUCUAUACACCAAACAAGACUUAGGCAACCACUGACAUAGGUCAUAUUUUGGUCCAAUCCCAGCAUGUUUUUUUAUCUGGAUUGCAUGGUGGUAUAGUAAGCUCAUGACGUUAAAUACUCCCACAUAAUAUUUAAAGUGGUAGGAGGCUAGAUCAGGUAGGCCUGAUCUAGCCUGUAGGGCAAAGGUUCUGCAUACCUGUUCUAACUAACAUCUUAAGGCUUGUGAUGUCAGUGUUACUCCUUAGGUGAAUCACCUCUUAAACUUUAAGGUUCAAGGGAAACUUAAGUAUAUUAUAUAGUCAAACCUCAUAAUUCACAUAUUUUAUAAUCCACAUGAUUCAUUUAUGCAGCUUUAUCCAAGAUCAUUCAACGGAUUUCUUUGAUUUUCAACAUUUUUCUUGGUGCCUAUUGUCUUCUGCUUGGUGUAUGACACUUAACAAAGAAAAUAGGAUUUCUUUCAAAAUGUUCUUAUUCUUUGUUAUGAAUUUCAACAUUGGGCAUAUUAGAAAGUUGUUAAAAGAUAUUUGGUAAAAUGAAUAUUUCAGUAAUUAAGAUAUGCAAAAUUUUCUAUUAUCCACAACUUAAAAAUUUGUGUUAUUUCCAGGAAUCUAACUCCUGUGAAUUACUAGAUUCAUCUGUAUGAUAAAUGUAAGGUACAAUUCUACACUUAGAGCACGAUGCAGACGUCGCUUGCAUCAUCUUUAUAGAAACAUAGUGUUUGAUAUUGAGAGUUAUAAGUGUCUAAUCAUGUUCCUAGGUUCAAAUUUGGAUUACUCGUAUUUCAUGAUAUAGAUUUAGUGAAUGAUUUCCAACUGAUUUUUUGCAGUUAUAGCCAUGUGAUAGGGUGCUCCUAGCACAUGGCGAUAAAUGUCUGGAUUACGAUUCGCUGCUCUUCACAUAUACAUAUGUAUGUUCUUUCUCUUUGGCCUAAUCUGCUAAAUCAUAAGAUUAAAAAGUAAGUGGAGUGUUUUUGAUUAACAAAAGAUUCAGGUUACAUUUAUUAUAUUAUGAAUCCCUUUUUAUAUAUUUGUUUUAUUUAGUGCAUUUUUGAAAAUAAUACAUAUAAUAUUUAAUCUUGAAAUUAUAUUAUUUAUGAAUGUAACAGGUGCAUUUUAUACAAAUUACAUAGUGGUUUAAAAAAUUUCUGGCCUCCUGGGACUUUACUGUUAGUAUUGUUGACCUGUUAAUGAUGUCAGUAACUAAUACCAAGUACAAUACAAAAAAUGCCAAAUGUAGUAAAAUUAUUACAGUCUCUCCUCACUUAACAAUGUACUUGUUUAAUUAAUGACCACUCAGACUUAUGACCAGCUCUCUGACCAGUAUUCAUACCUAAGUAAUAUAUUUUUUUUAUUAUUUUUAUUAUCACACUGGCCGAUUCCCACCAAGGCAGGGUGGCCCGAAAAAGAAAAACUUUCACCAUCAUUCACUCCAUCACUGUCUUGCCAGAUGGGUGCUUUACACUACAGUUUUUAAACUGCAACAUUAACACCCCUCCUUCAGAGUGCAGGCACUGUACUUCCCAUCUUCAGGACUCAAGUCCGGCCUGCCGGUUUCCCUGAACCCCUUCAUAAAUGUUACUUUGCUCACACUCCAACAGCACGUCAAGUAUUAAAAACCAUUUGUCUCCAUUCACUCCUAUCAAACACGCUCACGCAUGCCUGCUGGAAGUCCAAGCCCCUAGCACACAAAAGCUCCUUUACCCUCCUCCCUCCAACCUUUCCUAGGCCGACCCCUACCCUGCCUUCCUUCCACUACAGACUGAUACACUCUUGAAGUCACUCUGUUUCGCUCCAUUCUCUCUACAUGUCUGAACCACCUCAACAACCCUUCCUCAGCCCUCUGGACAACAGUUUUGGUAAUCCCGCACCUCCUCCUAACUUCCAAACUACGAAUUCUCUGCAUUAUAUUCACACCAUACAUUGCCCUCAGACAUGACAUCUCCACUGCCUCCAGCCUUCUCCUCGCUGCAACAUUCAUCACCCAUGCUUCACACCCAUAUAAGAGCGUUGGUAAAACUAUACUCUCAUACAUUCUCCUCUUUGCCUCCAAGGACAAAGUUCUUUGUCUCCACAGACUCCUAAGUGCACCACUCACCCUUUUCCUCUCAUCAAUUCUAUGAUUCACCUCAUCUUUCAUAGACCCAUCCGCUGACACGUCCACUCCCAAAUAUCUGAAUACAUUCACCUCCUCCAUACUCUCUCCCUCCAAUCUGAUAUCCAAUCUUUCAUCACCUAAUAUUUUUGUUAUCCUCAUAACCUUACUCUUUCCUGUAUUCACUUUUAAUUUUUUUCUUUUGCACACCCUACCAAAUUCAUCCACCAAUCUCUGCAACUUCUCUUCAGAAUCUCCCAAGAGCACAGUGUCAUCAGCAAAGAGCAACUGUGACUGCUCCCACUUUGUGUGAUUCUUUAUCUUUUAACUCCAUGCCUCUUGCCAAGACCCUCACAUUUACUUCUCCUACAACCCCAUCUAUAAAUAUAUUAAACAACCACGGUGACAUCACACAUCCUUGUCUAAGGCCUACUUUUACUGGGAAAUAAUUUCCCUCUUUCCUACAUACUCUAACUUGAGCCUCGCUAUCCUCAUAAAAACUCUUCACUGCUUUCAGUAACCUACCUCCUACACCAUACACCUGUAACAUCUACCACAUUGCCCCCUUAUCCACCCUGUCAUAUGCCUUUUCCAAAUCCAUAAAUGCCACAAAGACCUCUUUAGCCUUAUCUAAAUGCUGUUCACUUAUAUGUUUCACUGUAAACACCUGGUCCACACACCCCCUACCUUUCCUAAAGCCUCCUUGUUCAUCUGCUAUCCUAUUCUCCGUCUUACUCUUAAUUCUUUCAAUAAUAACUCUACCAUACGCUUUACCAGGUAUACUCAACAGACUUAUCCCCCUAUAAUUUUUGCACUCUCUUUUGUCCCCUUUGCCUUUAUACAAAGGAACUAUGCAUGCUCUCUGCCAAUCCCUAGGUACCUUACCCUCUUCCAUACAUUUAUUAAAUAAUUGCACCAACCACUCCAAAACUAUAUCCCCACCUGAUUUUAACAUUUCUAUCUUUAUCCCAUCAAUCCCAGCUGCCUUACCCCCUUUCAUUUUACCUACUGCCUCACGAACUUUCCCCACACUCACAACUGGCUCUUCCUCACUCCUACAAGAUGUUAUUCCUCCUUGCCCUAUACACGAAAUCACAGCUUCCCUAUCUUCCUCAACAUUUAACAAUUCCUCAAAAUAUUCCCUCCAUCUUCCCAAUACCUCUAACUCUCCAUUUAAUAACUCUCCUCUCCUAUUUUUAACUGACAAAUCCAUUUGUUCUCUAGGCUUCCUUAACUUGUUAAUCUCACUCCAAAACUUUUUCUUAUUUUCAACAAAAUUUGUUGAUAACAUCUCACCCACUCUCUCAUUUGCUCUCUUUUUACAUUGCUUUACCACUCUCUUAACCUCUCUCUUUUUCUCCAUAUACUCUUCCCUCCUUGCAUCACUUCUACUUUGUAAAAACUUCUCAUAUGCUAACUUUUUCUCCCUUACUACUCUCUUUACAUCAUCAUUCCACCAAUCGCUCCUCUUCCCUCCCGCACCCACUUUCCUGUAAUAUUUAUAAUAUAUAUUAGAACUAAUUUCCUCUUAUUCUUUUUAUUACAUUAUACAGUACACUACUGUAUAAACAUUUAAAAAUAUACUAAAAAUAUUACAAAUGGUGCAAAGGUGAUAUUAAAAUAUCUAAAGGUGGUCGACACAGACCCACUACCAUUAAAGUGUGCUCCUUGCUUAACGACCAAUUCGUUUACCGACCUACUCUUAGGAACAGAACUCUGUCUUUAAGUGAGGAGAGAGUGUAGUUAUUGGAAUCCAUUUGUUUUCUCUUUUGCUUUCAUGUGUUCUCUCUUCUUUUUGCCCCCAUGAGUAAAUAGGGGUAAUUAAAUCAUGGAUAUCACAAGAUGGUGCAGUCUAAACAAUAUUACAUAGUGGUAUUGGCUGAUAAAAUAAUUUUUUUUACUUUCUACUCAGCUGAACCUUCAUGUUUGUGCCAUGAAUAUUACAUACAUCUUACUGACAUGGUAGCUCUAGGACAAAGGCAUCCAGAAAAAUGGUAAACCACUGUAUCAAUAGUUUUAUAAUCUUUCACAUUAAAUACUAAUACUGUAUUCUGUAUCCAUCAUGUAUUUUUUCUUAUCUUUAGAUCUGAAAAGAUGCAUCACCUAUUUGUUUGGCUGGUAGCUUUAACUUUAAAAUUUAAAAGACUUUUAAAAUUUUUUUAUUUAGAUUAUUUUCUUUGAUUACUAUAUAGCUACUCAAGUAUAGGUAUUUGUUUUUGGACCAACUUAUUCCUGAGUAAUAUUUUGGAGGGGUGAAAAUCUAUACAUGUUGUGUACUUAUUCUUGUGACCUAUAAUAUAACAAUGACUGGUGUUACGAGUUUCUAUUCUCAUAGUCCAGCCUGGGGCCUAGGUUUUUCUGUUGAUUACCUUUUCAUCCAGGCUGUUGCUGUUGGCAGUGCACUGGCUAACAUAGUCAUUACAGUCUGGUCAGUGUAGUAAUUUACAGAGGUGCCAGUUCCAUUAAUUGUUGAAGACUUCUUCACUUUUUCCUAAUGUAAUAAUGAUAGAAUUACCAACAGUGUUAGGUAAAAGGACACAUGAUACCUGCUAGUAGCAGGUCGACACAGUGCCCUUGCUUUUCACUGGGUCUGUUUUACAAUUCCUUCCAUAUAUCUCGCCCAAGUAGUACAUAGUUAUGGUAGUGUGUACAUUUGGGAUUAGGCUGUCCACUAUAUUCUUUGUAUACAUUAUGAGAUAUCUCUCUUUUUGGCUCCAGAGAAUACAUUCCAAAUUCUUUGAGGCAUUCCCUUUAGUUUAGUUUAAAUGCUGUACUGGUUCUAUUGAGACAGUAAAUGAUCUUUGUGCACUUCACCAUAUUGAUAUCUCUUCUGCCUUAAAUUUCAGCCAUCAACCCUGAACAAUAUUUUAAAUGAUAGAGCACAAGUGAUUUGAACAGUAUUAUCAGUGACAUUAUUUCCCUUGUUUUGACAUUUCUUGUUAUCCACUGUCAUUUUGUGGCCUUUGUAAACUUCUUAUGUUUUGUAAAUGAUAAGUUGUCUGACAUCAUUAUUCUCAAAUCUUGUACAUAUUCUUUUCAUUCUGUGAGAUAGUCCUGUGUUUUACAUCCAAUGCUCCUUUUGAGUUCCACAUUCUUUCCAUAUCUGAGCAGUUAGAAUAUGUCACCAUUGAACAUCGUGUUUUUUCCCAUUACCCAUAGGAAGACUUUGAAGAAUAAGACAUAUAUGCAGCACCUAGGUAUCUUUAUUGCUCAGAUGUUUUGCCUGCACAACAGGUUUCUUCAGUAGAAUGCAGGUGAAUAAAAUUUGACAGUGUUACAUUUGCCUGUAUCCAGGUGAAGAAGCCUGUUUCGGCAAAAAAGAUACUAAAGUGUUUCACGUGUCUUAUCUUGAACUUGUAGGUAUUUUAUGCUAUCAUUGACUAGAAGUCCAUGUCUUCUACUGAGGCAAUGUAAUGCUUAUUUUAGUAUCAUCUGCAAAGGAGGAGGAUGAUGUGAGGAUGAGAAACAAUACUGUGUCUUUGGGUACUAAAUUUUUCCUUUGAUCAGGCAAGAAUUUGAUUUGUUGACUAUUAUUUGUGUUCUAUUAGAUAUUGAAUAUUCAUUUUCCUAUUUUUCCUGUUACACCUAUUGAUUUUAUUGUAUGGGCUAUCACUCCAUGAUUGCAUUUAGCAAAUGCCUUAAUGAAAUACGUGUAGACAACAUCUUCAUUUUGUUUUUCUUCCAAAACAUUCGUAAUUUUGUCAUUCUCCAACUGUUGAUGUUAUAUUUAUUGAAAAAACCUUCUUGCUGGCUAUUUCUUUGGUUCUCUAUGCAUAGAAUUAUACUUGUCUGUACUUCAUUGAGGUUGUCUUCAUAUUGUAGUGUAUUUCAGAUUACAUCUUUGAUUAAUUCCUCAGUGUGUGUGAAAGAUCAAGUCUGGUGUAUUUGCAUUUCUAUUAGGCUCUGUUAUCUGUUCAUUCAAAAAGCUUUUCACAACCCCAAUAUCUCUGGUAUCUGUCUGUUGGGCUAAUGUGCUUCCAGGGAAUAUUUCUGGUCCAAUGCUGUCAUCUUCCAUGUAAUAUUUGGAUAGUUGAAAUUUCCGAGAAAAAUAAUAUUGGUGUAGAAUUUUUCAAGGAUUUCAAGGCAGCUAGUUUAUCUUCAUUUGUUCUGUGAAUUCUUCUGCCUACUGUGUACUUCAUAAUGGACUCCUGUACUUCUGUGCAUCCUGGGCAGAACCAAUAUUUAGUACACACAUUCACUUUAACCCUUUCAGGAUUUCAGUCGUACUAGUACGGCUUACGCCCCAGAGUUUUUGACGUACUAGUACGCCUAAAUUCUAGCGUCCUCAAAUCUAGUGAGAGAAAGCUGGUAGGCCUACAUAUGAAAGAAUGGGUCUAUGUGGUCAGUGUACGCAUUAUAAAAAAAAUCCUGCAGCACACAGUGCGUAAUGAGAAAAAAGACUUUGACCGCGUUUUUGGAUUAAAACAGCGACUUUGCACUGUAUUUUUGUAUGGUAUUUAUUGUUGUAUUCUAGUUUUCCUGGUCUCAUUUUAUAGAAUUGAAGACAUAUUACAGAAAUUGAGAUGAUUUUGACUGGUUUUACAAUGAAAAGUACCUUGAAAUUGAGCUCAAAGUAGCAGAAAUGUUUGAUUUUUUCCAAAGUUCAAAAGAAAACAAAUCAUGCCAAGCGUUCAAUACACGUCAACUGGUGAGUCUAAUAUUCUUUCACAAGUGCGCAGAUAUUAUUUAUACCGUUUCUACACUAAUGCAGUAGUCUGCAUAACAGUAAAUCUUCUAUAUUUUGUAAGAAUAAAACUUCAAAGUGGAAAGCCAAAGAAAUAUAAGAGGGGCCUGGGGAUGUGACUAACGAACAGAGAACUUGUUAUUUUGGUGCCAGGAAUGUCUUUCUUGUUUAUUCUGGACCCUAUUUGGAAAAUGGCAUCUUUUGAAAUUUGUGUGAAAUUGGCAAAAUUGCUAAAUUCUGACCACUUCAUUGGAUAGUUAAAAUUGGUAAAUGGGUGGUUUCUUGUACUCAUUCGAUAGAAAAAAUGGAGUUCUAGCAAAAUAGUUAUGAUUUUUGUCGACUAGUACACUGGAAUUGGCCAAAACUAGGGUUCAAAGUGGGCAAAAUCGCCGAUGCGUAAACAUUGUCAAGACUGCUAAAUUCACGAGAGUAUAAUUCCGUAAGUUUUCCAUCAAAUUUCAUACUUUUGGUGCCAUUAUGAUCAGGAAAAGAUUCUCUAUCUUUUCAUAAGAAGAUUUUUUUUUUUUUUUUUUUUUUUUUUUUGAAAUUUGGGGGACCUUGAGAACAAGUCUCUGAGAGGGCCUGUGGACCCUGAAAGGGUUAAAUAUGCCAAAAUAGUCUCGUGCUGAUUUGUUGUAAUUGUAGUGGUACGCUUCAUCUUCUCUUUACUGUCACAUUUAGUGUAUUUUAUUAAGUAUCUUCAUAGUACAUAUAUGCAUUUUAAUUUUAAUAAUGUGAAGUAUUCCAGAGUAAUAACCAGUAUGGCAUAACUUAUAUAUAUUUGUACUGACUAUUAAAACCACAGGUUGACUUGUACAAAAUAUGUAUAGAAUUUUUUUUCUUUAUUAAAGGGAAGUUUGGUCUAUACACGAAAUGAACCUAUACUUGAGUAUAUACACCAUGUAUUGUGUAAGAUUAUAACAUGUGAUGUGUAUACAUUAUUAUCAAAUAUUUGCCAGCCUGAAUUUAUAAAGCAAAUGUUAACCAGCAAUAAAUAAUAGCAAUAUGAAUUUAUCUCAAGUAAAUCGUAAUUUAUACGUGGAAGAACAAUUUUGGCUUUUAAUAUAAUUUUUGAUUACACCAUUAAUUUAUAUAUUUUACUGGCUAUUAGUCAUUAUUUAUGAAUUUUUACUGUUGGUCAAGAAUUGUGUGUGAUGAAAUUCUUCCAUUCUGUGAAUUAGUGUGGGACAUUUUCUUGCCACUGUGCAAUGUAAACCAGAAAUUAGACUGCAGAGUGAACAAGAACAGCACCACCUAGACAGUGUCAAUAAGUACACUACAGGUAGACAUGGGAGGUGCUGAGGUUACAGGAGUUGAUUGUGUGGUAAUAGUGACUUGCUAAGCCAGCACUAAUAUGUAGCCACCUGGAGUUGUAAGCCAAGGAAACUUAACUGAUUGAACUUAUACAAUGAACAAUGAAUUAGAGAGUCAUUGUUAAAUUAGAGUAGUGAGGAGGUAGUGCAUGGUUUCACAAAAGAUUGACUUUGUAUAUAUAUAUUAACUUUAAGAGUUAAUGUUUAAAUGAUGUUAGGAUAGUCAUCCUGAAUUUAAUUAAAACCUCUUGGAUAUCUGAAAAUACUGAAAUAUGACAUUUUUGCUUAUCGGUGGUUGGGUUUUUAAAUUAGUGUCAGUUAUAUGCUGAUAUCUAAAUUAUUUUUAGUUGGUGAUGAAGUUCUGCAGAUUAAACUGGGCAUUUGGAUUUAAUCCAUUAGAUAGUAUUAUUCAGUACAUCAUUGAAUUUCAUAUUUCAGCUACAGAGCCUAGCUCUUAAAUUUAAAAUACACAGAAUUUACAUAUUCAUAUUUCAUUUUCACUAAUGAAAAGUAGUAUUUGUUUCAAAAAUAAGAUAAGAAUUACAUCUUAAGGUUCUUUCAUAUUUGUAAAGUAACUUAAGUAACAGCUAGAAAUUGUUUAUAAUUGUGCUCUUGCAAAUGUACUAUUAACGUAUCAAUUUACUUAACUGGUCAGCCAAGUGGAAUGGUAUAGCCAUUACUUUAAAAGAAAAUGUGGAUGUAAUUAAUCACUAAAGUAAAGUAACUAAAUGAGCUGUUAAUUCCACUUGUGCACAUUCUUGGUGGUGAAUUUUAUAGUAUUAGAGAACCAUUACUCUUGAUGCGUGUUUAUAAAUGUGUAUGUUCUCUUGCAGUGUUUAUGCUACUUGUUUCUCCUUAAAUUGGUUAAUAUUUUGAAGUUAUGGCAGGGUUAAUAAAAUUUUUAUGGAUUAAGUGAGCAAAUGAGGUUUCUUAAUUGGUAGACUCCAAGUGAUGCUUCCUGGGAGAGUACACAAGUAACCUGAUCACUGGUGUGCUCUCCUGGGGCACUGGAGUUGAACUCUGCAACUGCUUACUUAGCAGUCAUGUAGUUAACUCCUGACAAGUGGUGGGUAGGGUGAAAAUUCUAACUGCUGUGCACAGUACUCUAAAAUAUCAGAUUAUUGGUUUCUGUACAAGGGGAUUGUCAGUGUACAUGCAUAAAAAAUUAGGUCAUGGGUAAUGUGUUGAUGUGUAUAGGCAGCAGCCUUCUAGAGGAACCAUUUAAUAGUUUUCAACUUGUACUCCUUGCUGUGAGGGUGUUAAGGCUGACACAACCUUAAUACAUGUAAUGUUGAAAAAGUUUAUGAAAUUUUGUAUGAGAUUGUAUACAAAGUGGUGAUGGUGGGGGAGGCACUCAUAUUAUCAUAGUAUAAUUUAUUUGCUCUAAUUCCUUCAUACGCACUGUAUUGUAUGUUGUCUUAAUAAUUAGUAACAGUUUUUUUGUUUUGAUAUGUCAGUAUUCAAAUUAUGCUUAUUUUUUAAAUCACCACUAAUGUUAAUAUGGAUUUAGAUAGAAAUGUUGAGCUAGUCUAUGCUGUAAGAUAGUGAGUGUGAGGGUGAAAAUGAAGGGUAUGAAUGCUGGAGAGUGAGAGUGAAAGUAAGAGAAAACAAGAUGGAGAGAGAGUGAAAGUGAGAGUGAGAGUAAGAGUGAGAGAUAGUGAGAGAGCCAGAACCAGUGAAAGUGAGUGAGUUAUUGUCUUUCAGUGUUGCAGGGUGCCAUUUGUGUGUUAUUGAUUUACAUGAUAUUGCUGCUUUAAUAUUGGAGUACUGCACAUUAGUUUGUCUUAGAUAUAUUUACAGUAGGUUGUUUAUAAAGUUAUAUGGAAAGUGUAUUACCUUCUGAGGAGUCAAUAAUGGAAAAGAUAUUGAUGUACAAGAUAGGAAAGUCUGAAUACACAGGUUAUAGUACAAGGACAUUGUUCUCUUAAAAUACUGUGUAUAUCAAAUAUAGUUUCUGAAGUGAUGUCACUGUGAUGAGUGACAGGGUAUGGAUUUGAAGACAGUAAUUUUUUCCUUUGCAUCAAUUUUGUGAUUCACGUUGAAUGAAUUGGUGAAUACAAGACCCGAUAUAUAUAAUUCGGUGUACAUUAAGAUUUACAUUAAUAUGGAGGAGAAAAUAAUAAGGUUUUCAAGAGUUUAUUGCAAGUGUUGCUAAUGGCCAUCUUUGGACACUGACUGAUACACUGGCUACAACAUCAGCCGAAGCACACGAUUGUCCAUUAUUUUCCAGUAUUUUUAUGUUUGUUUUUGUGUGAUGUGUUUUGUUUUGACAUGGUUUGUGUGCAGUUUAGUGUUACUUGUUGUAUGAAGUAGUGUUUAUAUCUAAAAGAAAAUUUAUUAUUUGUCAUGGUUCUCACGAUCUGAUACAGUGUCAGUUGUGUGAUGGUCCACUUCGUGACUCUUGUGUCACUUGUCUCAAUAUGGACCACAAAAUUUUUAGGUUUAAGGUCUAGGUCUUAGGAGUACCUAUAUUGUAAAGAGAGUUGAAUCAGCCUUGCUCUAAAUAUUUUUCACAGGUUUUUUCUUCACUGUGGCCCAGGAAGUAUUUUUUCUGCAGACAUGUGCAGAUAUAUAUACAUACAGAUAUCUGUAUAUAUAUUUAUGUAUGUAUGUUCACAUACAUUUAUAUAUACGUAUUGUUUUUAGUGUGUACACCUGUGUGCAUAUGGGCCUGUGUUAGUUGAAUAUAAAUUCUUCAAUUAAUCCAUGAUUAAGACUUGAAUUUCUCAUUAUGGUAACUUCAUUAAAGCUCGACAGUCAUUGCUUUAUAAGAUUUGAUGUGCAUAUUGCUCAUUCACUCACUCGAGUCAUAAAGUUAAAGAUGUAUUUGAAUUAUACACAAUGUGAAUUUAUUUUUUCUUAGUUAUUAUAUAUUACUGUAGUGAGUUUAAGCUCUAGUAAUUCCUAUAACAAGGUUAAGCCAAUGUUUCACAAAUAUGUCCACUUGAUAUAUAAUACUGCUGUUGUAUACACCACUGUAUAUAAAUACUUGUUUGUAUGUUAAGAUAUAUUUGAAAAAACAGCAAAUGGACCAGAGAGUAAAAACACAGCAUGCAAAAAAUAUAUUUUUAACGCAUGCACAUGGAGGUCCUGUAAAAAAAUAUAUACACACAUGGUUCAUUCAAUACAAUAUUAAAAAAAAAAAAGAGGAAAAUGAACCACAAAAAAAAAAGUUAAAAAAG